GUUAUACAGGAGAUCAGAUGAGAUGAUCACAAUGGUCCUUUUUGGCCUUGGAAUCUAUAAAUCCAUGAAUAUGAAAACCACAUGCUUGGACGCCUACUCAACCUGUGCACCAAAGCUCCAUGGUUUCUGUAUGAUUUUCACGCUCAGUAAAGAGAUAAAUAAAAAGCUGGCAGAUAUAAUUUUAUGAUUACCCUAGACACCCUAGACUUUGGCCAGAUGGCAGACUCUAGAGCCUAAGUUUUAGCUACUGGUUCUAAUUCAGUGAUGUCCUGUCUGUCCUCUCAGUUUUGUAACUCACGCUGCAGGUUGGAUUUGUAUUCCACAACUUUCUGCUAUAGGUUUCUUGACUGAUCUUCCUGCUUUCAUCCUGCCUCACCAUGAAUACCAUCGCUAACAUAAUGCAGGAGCUGCGUGACUAUUGGGCAGACCAUUUCUCACGCAGAUUUCUACCUAAGAGGCCUCCCCUUCGCCGAAUCACCUCCAUUUCCACUUUCUACCUCCUGGACCACAGAACCCGGCAGGCUGAACUGGGUUUGGAUUACGGCCCUCCGCGGGCUCAGCUGAGUGAUGCCAAGUUUGUCUUCCAGGAUGGCAAAUGGCAAGGUGAGAGUGGCCUCUCUCAUCGGCCGCCACUGCUGCAGUUAUUCUCCUCCCAUGACCGGGAGCAGUCCUGUAAAGUAAUGAAGAAGGAGAACAAGGCUCUCUUGGAGGAGAACAAUUACCUGAAGCUGCAGCUCGAGCUGCUGAUGGACAUGCUGACAGAGACCACGGCCCGACUGCACAUGGUGGAGAAAAAGAUGGACAUCCCUACACGGCAUACCAAGAUGAAGAAGCCAAAUAAGGUGUUGAUGCUUAAGUCCUAGCAGGAACCUUGGAUGCAAGACCAGGGAGUUUACACUUGCUUGGUUCCAGAAGUCUAAAAAAUUCCUGAAUCAAAUUAACUUGUAGAGUGAUUUUUGCUUUAAUUGUAUGUAUUAAGUAAAUUAGAAUUUAUUUUAUGACUCCCAAUUAGACAGCAAGAAAUCAGUCAGUACAGUUCAUUACACUUCAAAACCAAACCUGACUGUUCAUGGAUUGUGUCAUAUAAACAACAGAAAAGCAGUUUUACCCAUUAUUCAAAUGCAGAAGUUGGGAUUUAAGAAUAUUCUUGAACUUAAAAUCACUUUUAACUAACAGUAGAAUAAAAUAAUAAAACUUAGCACUUUUAUGGUGCUGUUCAUCUACAGAUCUCAAAAAACGUUAAAGGAAAUAUCAUUACCUCAAUACUACAGUUGCAAAACAGAUGGCAGAUAGAGAGGAAGGAUGAUCCAGUCAGGGCCGCCCAGAGGAUUCAGGGGGCCUGGGGCAAAGCAAU